CAAGCGACCUCCGUUACCGGCGGAUUCCCCGUUGUGUGUCGGUUCCGUUCGGUGUGUGCGCCGGUACCGCGGUUCCGUUCGGUGUCCGUCUCCUUUUCGUGUCUCCAACAUGGCGGCCGCCGUGCACCUGUUUCCAACCUGUGUCUGUGUCGUGCUGCUGUGUCGCCUUCCCGCGUCCGUGUGCUCGCGCAGGGACGUGCUCGAGCUCGGGGAUGCGGACUUCGACUACCUGGCAAUGGAGCAAGAGACCAUGCUGGUGAAGUUCUACGCUCCCUGGUGUGGUCACUGUAAGAAACUGGCUCCAGAGUUUGACAGAGCAGCGACUCGACUGAAGGGAAGUGUUCGGUUAGCAAAGGUGGACUGUACGACUCACUCGGAGACCUGUGGACGGUUUGGGGUUUCUGGUUAUCCCACUCUGAAGAUCUUCAGGUACGGCAGAGACUCCGCCCCCUAUGAUGGACCUCGCACCGCAGAGGGGAUCUAUCAAUACAUGAAGAAGCAGACGGGUCCAGACUCAGUUCUCCUGAGGACCAAAGAGGAUCUGCAGGCCUUCGUCAACAACUACGACGCCAGCAUCGUCGGUGUGUUCUCAGGUGCAGACAGCUCUCGUCUGGCCGAGUUCCUGAAGGCAGCAGGUCUCCUCAGAGAACAGUUCAGGUUCGCUCACAGCACUGAUCUGCAGCUGGCCGAGGAUCGUGGAAUCCACUCAGAGUGUGUGCUGCUGUUCAGACCUCCCAGACUUUCCAACACGUUUGAGGACAGUGUAGUCAUCUUCAAGGACUAUCUGACCAUCGGCUCGCUGAGACGCUUCAUCAGAGAUCACAUUUAUGGCCUCUGUCCUCACAUGACCCUGGAGAACAAAGAUCGUCUGAGAGUUCGUGACCUGCUGACGGCAUACUACGAUCUGGACUAUCAUCACAACGUCCGAGGGUCAAACUACUGGAGGAACAGGGUGAUGAAGGUGGCGUCUAAAUACGGUGGGCGGGGCCUAACAUACUCAGUAGCCAAUAAGAAAGACUUUCUGUCUGAACUGGAGGAUGACUUUGGUCUGGGAACGUCAGACGGAGGAGAGCUGCCAUUCGUCACCAUCCGCACCAGACUGGGCCACAAGUACACCAUGAGGGAGGAGUUCACGAGGGAUGGUCAGUCUCUAGAGAGGUUUCUGGACGAUUACUUCGCAGGUCGACUCAAACGUUACGUUAAAUCAGAGCCAGUACCUGAGAGAAACACCGCCGAUGUCAAGAUGGUUGUUGCUGAGUCCUUUGAUGAUGUGGUCAAUGAUCCAGAUAAAGAUGUUCUGAUCCAGUUCUACUCUCCGUCCUGUCCUCACUGUAAGAAGCUGGAGCCGGUCUACAGGGAGCUGGCUCACACGCUGUAUUAUGAUCCAAAAAUCGUCAUUGCAAAGAUGAAUGCCAUUGACAACGACGUCCCGCUGGGAUACGACGUCCAAGGGUUUCCCACCAUCUACUUUGCUCCAGUGGGGAAAAAAGAUGAACCCGUACGAUACGAGGGCGGUCGGGAGCUGCGAGACUUCCUGAACUUCCUGAAGCGUGAAGCGAGUCACAGUCUGGUGCUCAGCGGGUCGAAGGACGAACUCUGACACGUCUCCAUCCACCAAUCAGAGUGACUGCAGAGCUACAACUAGCUGGUCUCCAUGGCAACAACACAGUCGUGGAGGGAAGGGUUGGGUGGUGGGGUUCUGAUCAUCAAACAGACUUGGACCUGAAUCAGGACAUGAGGACAGCUGCUGUCCAAUCAGAUUCCUCUGUUAUCCCCAGAAACACCUGCCCAUCGUGAUGUCACAACGCCUGUCAACUGCCUCACUGGAUGAAUUUAGUUAUUUAUUUAUUUUAUUUUAUUUAUUUCAUUUAUUUUUUUCAUGCAGACAGUUGGGGAGGGGGGGCUGAACUACGAGGUGAGGUUAAUGUGUCAGCAGGUGUGUUGAGCUUAAAGUCAUAAUUUUUAGUAUCAGGAAGGUGGCUCUGUUUCAGCCUGCUAGGAUCACUAUGCCUACCGAUGCUGUGGAGGUAGAGCUCCAUGGCAACCGAUGCUGCGCAGCUUGCUCUCCAUGGUAACUGAUACUGUGACAUUAGAUCUCCAUGGUAACUGAUGUUGUGGAGCUAGAUCUCCAUGGUAACUGAUGCUGUGGAGCUAGAUCUCCAUGGUAACUGAUGCUGUGGAGCUAGGUCUCCAUGGUAACUGAUGCUGUGGAGCUAGAUCUCCAUGGUAACUGAUGCUGUAGAGCUAGAUAUCCAUGGUAACUGAUGCUGUGGAGCUAUAUCUCCAUGGUAACUGAUGCUGUGGAGCUAAGCUCAUCCAAGUUCAAUUCAGAGUUUAGAUUUAAAUUGACUGUAAGAAGCGUCUUCCUUUUACCAGAUCGUUUCCUGAUGACUGAGUGAUUAAACCUGUUAAUCUGUAUGUUACUAACAUUUACUACAUGUGUUCAGAUGGUGAUGCUAAACUCACAUAAAUGUUUUUAGAUUUAGCUCUUUUUACUAUUAUAUAUUUUUAUAUUCCCUGUUGUUCUCCAUUAAAACAGCCUGUUGACUGAAGUACUUGCACACGAUCAUUUAAUUUACUGCAGAAGAGUCAAUUGAUGCGUUAAACGCCUCCUUUUGUGUAAACAGAGUCUGAAGGAGAAAGUCUGAGUUAACAAAGACAGUUGAAAACCACCUUUUUCAUACCUGUUAACUCUGUCUGGAGUUUUAGUUUUUAUUAAGCCGACUUACACAAAGAAAGCCUGGAUAUGUUGAACUGACCUAGUAGUUCAGACCUCUGGUGUGCUCCAACACAAUGCAGGUUAUUUAUUUCAUCAUGUGGAAUUUGGUUUUGCUUAUUGAAAUUGUUUAAUUUGAAAAGAUUUGUGUCAAACUGCUGGAUGUUUACUGAUGCAGAAUCUAUUCUGAGCCUUAUUCCUGUCAGAGACGGUGCUGGGCAGCUUUAAUAAAACACUGAUACAUGA